AUGUGCACCAAGAAAGUUUUUGCCUUUGCAGCCGCACUGCUCGCGAUCCAUCCUGCCUUGGCAGUCCCCGUUGCCGACAAUUCACCAGCAGGUGUCUUUCCACGAAAUGAGACCACAGUCGUAGACCCUCCCAGAGACCCCAAGCCCGACAUCACAAAGAUCCCGGAAAUGACUUGGGAGGAACUUCAGGAGCUGAUCGACCUCUACAAUGAUGAAGGGGUCCAGCUCGAGUCCAGGACCUAUAGCGUCGAUGAGCUCGCUGCCAGGAAUGAGCAAGUCGUGUCCCCAGACACUUCUCUUCUGAAGCGUCAAAGCGGCGGUACAUCGAAGGAAGGCCCUUUCUUGUCUUUUCUGGACGGUUCAGACAAGCCUGGGACCAAUCCAAAAUGUGAAGACUUCACUCUGAACGGCCCUUUUACAAAUAUCCACGUUUUCAUGGGGUCUUCCAACUUGCGUGGAAUCAAGGCCACUAGCUACUCAGGAAACACAUCAGAGGUGCACUCCAACGCGUCCCUCGCUGAUGCUGAGUUCACAUUCGCCGACAACGAGCGCAUUACCAAGUUCUCCAUCGCCCGUACUGAUGCAGCCAGCAUCUUCGUUUCCGGUCUCAGGUUCGACACUGACGCCGGUAACUCAUUCGAGAUCCUUGGCAGCAUUUUCUCGCAACCCGAUUCAAAGGGUCCCGUGUGGCAGGACAUUCCGACGGGAUCGGGGAUUCUCGCCCGUCUCCGUGGCACCAACUGCGACUCUUUGGAGAUCUUUGGCAGCUUUGGCGUGGACUUCCUCGACGAUCUUGGGUCUAUCUCUAUCACAAACAUCGACUACGAGGGCUUUGCCAAGUCAAUCAUGCCCGCAGGUCGUGGGACUCAGAUGUCCGUCGGCUCGCAGAUCCUGGACAACCGCAACAGCUCGGUUUCGCAGACUAUUACCCUUAUGACUACCGACGCUGUCACUGAGUCCAGGACUAUCGGUACCCAGAUCCGAGCUCUGGUCGGUGGCAGCGUCGCGGUCGACGGAAAGGUCGGGAUCCCAUUCGUCAGUGAAGGCUCAAUAAGGACCGAAGCCAACUGGCAACUCGAGAAGUCAACCAGCGAUAUUGAUAUGGUCGGUUCCACCACCACCCGUGCCGCGACGUUUGCUCUCGCCUGCCCAGCCGGCAAAUUCUGCACCGCCAAUGCGUUCUUCAUGCAAUACAAGGUCGACGUCAACAUUAAUGCAACUUUCACUGCCACCACAAAGGCUGGCUCGACGUUCAACUGGAUCCAGGGGGGCACUUACAAGGGAGCCGACAGCCUGUCCAUGCAAUUCAACGUCACUGAGGUCGACCACAUCAGCUGA